AUGGGGUCGAUGGCGGCUUUCCUCAAAGCGGUUAACAAGCUCGAAGAACCGGUCCAGAAGCUAAUGGAAGAGAUGACACCUCGACCAAGCUGUCUGAUUUCUGACAUGAGUUUUUCUUAUACAACCAAAAUCGCUAGAGUUCAACAUACCGAAGAUCCUUUUCCAUGGCAUGUCUUGCUUUUGUCUUCUGUGUAUGCAUGUUCUACGCAAGAACCAGGCAGACAGCACAUCCUACGGUGUGAUUAUCAACACAUUUCAGGAGCUCGAACCGCUUAUGUCAAAGACUUCAAGGAGGCUAGGGCUGGUAAGGUAUGGUCCAUUGGACCUGUUUCCUUGUGCAACAAGGUAGGAGCAGAUAAAGCUGAGAGGGGAAACAAAUCAGACAUUGAUCAAGGUGAGUGCCUUAAAUGGCUUGAUUCUAAAGAAGAGGUCGGUGUUAUAUGUUUGCCUUGGAAGCAUUUGCAAUCUUCCCUGUCUCAGCUCAAGGAGCUGGGCUAG